AUGCCCAGUCUUAAGACAGGCCCAGGCGUAACAAGGUUGGGCAAGAUACCAUGGUUCCCACAGACCCUGGAAAACCUGGAAAAUAUACCACUUUUUGAAAAACUCAGGGAAAACCUAAAUGAUAUUGAUGUACGAGUGGCUUUGCACUUUUUCACUUGCGACGCCCCAGCAAGGCAAUUUUUAAAAGGCAUAAAAGGCCAUACAGGAUACGACGGUUGUGAACGUUGUACUGUUGCUGGAGAGUAUAUCGAAGGUCGGAUAAUCUUUAAUGACAUUGAUAAAAAUCCCCGUACUGACGCUGGUUUUCUAAAAUAUGAGUACAAAAAACACCAGCUCAAAUUAAGCCCCCUGAUACAGUAUAACAUAUGUUGUGUUACAGACUUUGUUUUAGAUUACAUGCAUUUGGUAUGUCUAGGGGUCGUUAAACGUCUACUGAAUUUCCUGAUUAAAGAUGGUCCAAGACUAUGCAAAUUAUCCAGAAAUCAAAUAACGUUAAUUUCCAGCAAGUUGGUUCAGCUAAAUGGUACACUUCCAUCUGAAUUUGUUCGUCAACCACGAUCACUGAACGAAUUCUGCAGAUGGAAGGCCACAGAAUUUAGACAAUUCUUACUAUUCACAGGGCCAAUUGUAUUAAAAGGUAUAUUGUCAAAGGAAGCCUUUACUCAUUUCCUAUCAUUAUCAAUUGCUAUCAAAAUCAUGUUGGAAUCUAAUGGUGGUAUCAGGUCUGCUUACUUGAAUUAUGCUCAUCAACUUCUGGAAUAUUUUGUGACAAAUUCACAAGAAUUUUAUGGAAAUUAUUUCUGCUCAUACAACGUGCAUAAUUUAAUUCAUCUAUCAUCUGACGUCGAGAAAUUCAACUUGCCCUUAGAUGCCAUGUCGUGCUUUCCAUUUGAAAAUUACUUGCAAAUUCUUUUUUAUGUGCUUACAGACUCAUCCAUCAUGUCACCAGAAGUCAGACCAUUGAUACAACAUCAAAACACAACACCAACACAUACACCACCAAAUAGUUUAAAGAGGAAGCAUGUCAGUCCAGUAAGACAAACACCAUCUGGAUCACAGAAUGCAGGUGGAAGUUCUGGAAACGAUCCCUUUCCUAUGUCGACAGGAAAGUUUCAGAAGAGGGUAUUGUAUCUCCUAACCGAUAUCAGGAAUUUGUUGGGAAGACAAAAUGAAAAAGCAGCAGAGCCGGACACAGCUCAACCACAGGAGCCAUUUGAACUGCUAAAGAGUGUUCAAGAGCUAAUAGAGUUUGAGGAGACAUUAAAAGACAAGUCAAACUAUGAUAGAUUGCUAUCCCAGUUAUCAAGAGUUGGUGGCUCAAAAAUUCGCGAAAAUGUGAAAAAUGUUCUGUUAAAAAUCAUGAAUAAUGAAGUAAUGUCGGCACUCAACAUGAAAGGGAAGGGAAAAAGUGAAAAGGUUGGGUUUGCAAGGAUGAACUUAUAUAAAGCUGUUGUCGAAACUGUUAUCAAACAUCAAAAGAAUGCGACAGAAGGAGAAGUUCGUGCGUGUACGGCAUCAAUCCUUAAAUAUGCACCUGAUAGAUGUGGAGGAGCGGGAAGAACUAAUGCCGAAGAAAAUUAAAUCGAUUAAUUUUUAAAUAAUUUACAACUUUUAUAUCAGAGAGGAUUAUAAAUUUUUCAAGCGCCGUAAUAAAUUCUUCUAGCUUAUAUUAAUUUUGAUUGGGUGGCAGAAAAUUAGAAUGGCAAAAUGUUAAAGUGAUUUUAGCUCAACAAUUUUUAGUGUUUCUACUAGAGAUCGGACUUGUGACUAGUAAAAGUAUGGAAUAUGCAUGAGUGGGUGCUUUUUUUAAGGAAAUACAGUGCUAAUAUAAUAUUCAUUAUAUUUUUAUUGUAAUUUUCAACCUCGAUUCCUGGACUUCUUGCACCUGGUGAGGACGGUGGCUUUUCACACUUUUUAUAAAGUAUAGCAUCAUGAUCGUAUUUAUUCGCAUCUGGUAUCCUUAACAAACACCCUUGUAUUCAACUCUGACUUCAUUAAGAAAACAUACUUUUUCUCUAACCAAUGCUUGAUUAAAGACUUCGGUGCAACAGUUUUGCUUGACACUUUAGGUGAUUUGAGCAUACUAACAGGCUGCCUUAUCAGGAGGCGUGCCUGGCACAUGAAAUCGCAGCUAUAAAUUUGCAAAUACUGCACGUUUAACAACCUCGUCAUUGCUGCGUUACAUUUUUUGCAUUGGGUUGGAACGCUGGAGAUUCUCACAUAGUACCAGUUGUGAAUACUUGAAAUAUCGUUUUUAUAUUUUGUAUUAUAAAACUCCGUUAAGUUUCAUUUAGGAAGUUUUCAGCGGAGAAGUUGUAUAUACUGCCGAUGUUUAUAAUAAAAAAAUGACAUAUCGUAGAAAUGAUUUUAUUUCUUUUUCGCAAUAACCAUGUACAAAUAACGUAACACAAAUAUAAGCGUCGGAAUCAUGCUAGGGAAUAGAUACAUGGACAUGUAAACUAUGGACAUAUAAAACUGAAGCCACAAUGGCGAUUAUGAUUUGAUUCGGUCAAGUUUGUCUGUUUCUUAAGGUUGAAAAGACGCUGAAUAACGGUUGCGAGAGCAUUUCCAAACGACGUUGAUUAGACGUUGUUAGACGUUUUUUCAACGUUGAAAAGACGUUG